UUUUCUUCUUUACACACGCAUACUAAACUUAUUAUAUAUGGGGGAGGAAGUAAUCAACUUGCACCGUUUACCAACCAUAUUUAAACAACUAAAGAUAUCAUUUUGCCAUCACAUUAUUUCUUUUCUUUGAGAGUGAACAUAUUGUAUAUCUAUUGCAACAUCCAGAAAUAAUAAAGGAGUUACCCAUCGGAGUAAAAUGUUGCUAUGUUACAAAAUACAUUAUGCAUUACUAAUAUUGCUAUUGUUAACUGUUAAGAGCAUUCCCACUGCGGUUCCCGACUCUGCCAAGAUUAGGAUUCAUGUGCCUGUAAAACAUCAUACACAUCUACAUACGAAAACGGUAGUCAAAACCGUACGUGUUGGAAUUCCAGUCAAACCAGUAAAACAAUUAUAUGAUGACAUCGAAGAUGAGAGAUGGGAUUAUGGAAAGCGAAAAAAAAUAGCAGCCAACAACUAUUUUAAGCUGUUCAAUUAUUAAACCACUAUAUGCUUACCCAUGUAUGUUCCACUAUUGUAACAAUUCGUGGUGUUCAAUAAAACCUAAUUCAUUCUAUUACUUCCAGUGUGUUUACACGAGGAUAUUAUGGUCAAAAAUUCAA